AGUGUGCCCGCGAUGGCUGACGACGAGGAAGCGUCGCUAGCGGCCGGUGGCGUCUCGAGGAGCCGUCGGUUCGGGGCCAGACGCAGUCCCACCACCGGCCACCGCCUCCGGAGGCAGCAGACGCCCGAGCCACCUCCAACCACCGAAUCGGAGCAGCCCGACUCUGACGCGGUCGCCGUCACACGGACGCCUGCCCGCGCUCGCCGCUCGCAGAUAUCUUCCACUUCCGACGAUGACGACGCCCCCGCCUCCCGCAAACCGACUGACCAACCCAAACCCGUCCUCCGACGCAGACCCAAACCGAAACCAACCGAAACCACAUCCACUGAAAACACCACUCCCAAAGAUUCCGGCAACGCUACGACUGAACCCGAACCGAAACCACCAAAAAUCAGCAAUGCCAAGAAGAAAGAUUCAGAAAAACCUAAAGAGUUUUCCGAGGAUAGUAAAGAAUCUGACUCCGGGUCCUGGUGGAAAUCGUGGACACCAUGGGCUGCAGCUCCAAGGGGGAAAUCCCUAGAACGGGAACCGGGAUCAAAACCACCUGAGGCGAUACCUCGUCGAAGAAACCGCAGCCUCACCAGGCCGUUCUCUUCUAAAUCGAAGAAGGAUCGCAAUGAAUCUCUGUCACUGGAACGACCGAAAUCGAUAAGCAACGGGAAAGGAGCACCACCUAACGAUGGAGCUCCUCGAAAGCCUCUUCUGAGAGACUUCAAAAACAAGCAGAUGGUGAAUAGUUUCGAGGAUAGCAGUGACGAGUUUUGGAAGGAGGACGAUGAUCUGAAGUCGGUUAUAAAGAGACUUCAAUCGGAAAUAACUGAGGUUCCGUCGAAAGAUAAUGUGCAGAAGACGCCUAAGAAGUACUUGGCCCUGCAGGAGGCGGGGAAGAGAGGCAGUCUGAGACAAGAGUGGCGCAAAUUCGCGAGUGAGCGGUCGGCGGACAUGAGGAAAAUUCGUCUCUUGCGCAACAGGUGUGUCUCGUGGCUCAUCAUACUGCUCAUCUACUGCGGCCUGGGCGGAAUGCUGUUUCGGUUCACAGAGGGUGCUUUCGAGAACUUCUACAAGUGCGGAGUGAAGCGCGUGAAACGAGACUUUGUCGACUCGCUGUGGAACAGCAUGUACAGCAUGCGUGAGGAGGAGUGGAAGAGUCUGGCCAGGAGGAAGCUGAUGACUUUCGAGGAGCAGCUGCACGAAGCAUUCGAAGCCGGCAUGACCAGCUACAGCGGACAGAAGUCGUGGAGUUUUCUCAACGCGGUACUCUACUGUCUCACCGUAGUCACCACCAUAGGAUACGGCCACAUAUCGCCAUCCACGACCACUGGCCGCGCGUUGACCAUAGUGUACGCCAUCUUUGGGAUUCCAAUGUUCCUUAUUCUUUUGGCUGAUUUCGGUAAAUUAUUCACCAGAGGAAUCAAAUUUGUAUGGGCGUUUGUGAGGAGAGUUUAUUACACUGGAAGCUGUCGAAAAGUGAGGAGGACUGUACCAGUUCAAGAAGUGAUGAAAGGCGUGCAGAUGGUGUACGACAUAGCGACGUUCCGGCGACCGAGCACUGCCCCCGGGGUGGACCUGCAGCAGGGGGACACACUGCCACCCUUGCCCCCGCGCACCCCCUACCCGCACAGCGGCACCGACCCCCCCGGCACCCCUGCCCUCAGCAACUUCGCCGUCGACGACGAGUUCAAUCUGCCCAUUUCGGUCGCCAUCUUCAUCCUUGUCGUCUACAUAUUCUGCGGGGCCACCGUCUUCUACAUCUGGGAGAAGUGGGGAUUCUUUGAGUCCUUCUACUUUGUCUUCAUAUCGAUGUCCACCAUCGGCUUCGGAGACUUCGUGCCGCAAAAUCAAAUGUACAUGAUGGCGUCUAUUGUAUACUUGGUUUUUGGACUGGCGUUAACAUCCAUGUGCAUCAACGUCGUUCAGGAGAAACUAUCAGACACUUUCAGACAGGCGAGUGCGAAAAUCGGAGCCACGAUAGGCCUCCAAGUGCAAGAGGACGACGGCUCAGUGACACCCGCCCCGCCGCACCCUGUAGAACUGGCCGAAGUUCAUUCAACUGCAAACAAACAAUCGCCAAAAACCGAAGCUUUUUUCAAACCCGACAGUAAAGAGAAACCAAAAAGUUAAUGUCCGCUACUUCAUUUCCUUGUGCAUUUUUUACAGUUGCGGUAACUACAAAAAAACGCUGCUAUUCUCAAUGUCCAAAGGAUAAGUUCAUUUGCUCAAAAACGAUAAUACGUGAUAUUAUACUUUGACUGUAAAUUUGCAAACAUUGAUUUCGAUCAUAACUGAUUGAGCUUGUUUGGUCUUGAAAACAAUUUGUGCCUUCAAAUACGAAUUCAUUAAUUUCGAGUUUUUCUAACAAUGUUUCACGAACGUUACUCAAAUCCAGCUAGUCAUUUAACUUAUCUUUAUGUUUCAUUGUAAACGUCUUCAUACUAAAUAUUCUGACUCAGAGUGAAACUAAUGAACAUAUUUUUUACUGUUCAAUAAAAAUUUUAUUAA